GAUCCUAAUAUAAUGACUAAUGUAACAUCAUUGUGUGCUUUUUUUGACAAUUUACAUGUAGAAUAUGGAUCAGAAGGAAUUAUUUCAGCAAAAGGAGAUGUGUACAGCUUUGGGAUUCUUUUAAUGGAGACAUUCACAAGAAAGAAACCAACAGAUGAAAUUUUUGCUGGAGAACUGAGCAUGAAAUAUUGGGUAAAAGAGUUAUUACCAUCAUCAUUAAUGGAAGUUGUAGACACCAAGUCCUUAAAUAGUGGGGAACCAGGAUACUCAGCGACAAGGGAUUGUGCCUUAUCUAUUUUCCAAUUAGCAUUGGAAUGCUCAGAAGAAGUUCCGGAGGAGAGGAUUGACAUGAAAGAAGUUGUUGCUAAGCUGAAGAAGAUCAAAAUCAGGCUUUUAUAUGAGUCGAAUAGGCGGACCUAAUAAACAGAACCUUCAUAUAGUUGGCGU